AUCAUCAUCAGCAUGGCUUCCCCAGGUGAAAAUGAAGAAGAGAGACGGCCAGCAUGGGGAAACAGGCGUCUGCACGACCCCACACAGGUGUUCCAGCAUAACGCAUGACGUGCUAGAGAAGCUAGGAUGAGGGGUUGUUUGGCUGUCCUUCCCCUGUUAGUCAGGCGGUUGGUGUGUGUGCGUGUACAUGUACGCUGCUGUCACACACGGACUCGCAAGCGACCUCCGUUUGGCGAUCGCUACCUCACAGACCCAAGCAGAGUAUUUGAACAUAACAGCUGGGACAAUGUGGAAUGGGAUGAAGCUCAGGAUGCUCAGGCAAAGCAGAAAGUCAGGGAAAACGCCCAGGACCCAGUUCCUCCUGAUCUGCAAGAAGCAUACGAAGCAAAGGCAGAUGAAUUCUGGAACGGAUUCUACUCCAUACACCAGAACAGAUUCUUCAAAGACAGACACUGGCUCUUCACCGAGUUCCCCGAGUUGGACAUGAAUAGAGAUGAGGGGAAGGAAAGAGAGGUAAAGGGAGAAGUCUGUAAUUCAGACGGAGAGAAGGUGACAGGCACUGCAGCCGCACUCUCUGACAAGGACAAGGAGAGAGCAAGCGUGGAAGAAGAUACUUGUGCUUCCACAGUGGCUGAAGGGGAUACAGAGAGGACUAAUCUUACAACAGAGCUAACAAACAUGUCCCCCGACUCAACACACAAGCCUGUAGAAGACUUUGGGAGUCAAAACCAUGCUGUUCUUGGUGACAUUUGCCAAACCCUGGACCAGCUGGCUGUGAGGGGUAGUGGUGAGGAAGACAAGGCUGAGGACUUCCCUGGACAACAUGCCAGCACUAGGAUGUUUGAAGUUGGCUGUGGGGUUGGCAAUACAGUGUUUCCUAUUCUUCAGACAAACAAUGAUCCUGGCCUCUUCAUGUAUUGCUGUGACUUUUCUGCUACAGCAAUUGAUAUUGUUAAGCAACACCCAGACUACACCAGCAGGAGAUGCCAUGCCUUUGUCCAUGACCUGACAGACACCACCUCUCCUCUACCCUUCCCUGAGGCCAGCUUAGACAUCAUCAUCAUGAUAUUUGUACUGUCAGCCAUCCAUCCAGACAAAAUGCAAUCCACUGUGGACCACCUUGCAAAGUACCUGAAGCCAGGAGGAAAGCUUCUGUUCAGGGACUAUGGGAGAUACGACUUGGCACAACUCAGGUUUAAGAAAGGACGCUGUCUUUCGGACAACUUUUAUGUCAGGGGUGACGGCACACGGGUCUACUUUUUCACACAAGAUGAACUCAGGACACUGUUUGGCUCCGCUGGUUUACAGGAAGAACUGAUCUAUGUGGACAGAAGACUGCAGGUCAACCGGGGUCGACAGGUCAAGAUGUACAGGGUCUGGCUAUUGAGCAAGUUUAGAAAACCACUGAAGUAGAUGGAAUAAAAGAUCAUUAAUAACAUUUUUAAAGACUAGAGUUAGGUCAUGAAUAAUCGUCUGACAUGAUUAUAAUGAGAGAUAUUGAAAUUCACCAGCAUUUGCUACAUGGUAGUACAUGCUGUUGGUACAUAAUCAGUCAAAAUCAUAUUUGCCAUUACAAUUUUUAUGUUCUUCAUACAUGAAAAGACAAGUUCUUAAUGUUUAUUGUGUUAUAUUAAACAUAAUCUGAAUGACAUCCUGUUUUAAAAAGGUAUGAACACUUCAAUCAAUGGAGACAAAUUUUUACUCUAACGUUGUGACAAAUUUUUGCUCUAAAGUUAUGAUUGGCUUAUGGUGUCAGCCCAACAACAUGUGUAAAGUCAUACCUGCUGUCCAGUCUUAUUUUAUUAAAGCAAUAUUUUAAUGUUAUAACAAAACCAGUUUACUUUUCUUUCAAUGUGAUUUAAGUGCAGUGUACUUGUACUGUUAUCCCGCAGAUGUAUUGUAUUCCACCACUUUGUAAUGUAAUGUUACUUACUUCAACUCUUCAGAAAUUUUAAGACUAUUUUCAUUGUUGACAUUGACUAU